AUGAGGACAACAGAGAUGAAGGUGAAACUAGAAGCCAGACUGGUUGACGUUGAUAUUCCGACACGACAAGCUGUAGAGAAACUAGUCUUAUCCACGUGGGUACCACAAAUAGUGGGACAUGGUAGAGAUGCCAAGGGAUUGUCAGACCUCAAAUACUCUAGUAUAAAGGUUUUAAAAGUGGAGAGGCUGGAAAACAUUAAUUUGUACGAAAAAUAUUCCUACUUUCGGGCGUACCUUUUUCAGAAGGCAGGAAGAAAUGGAGUUUUCAAACAGCUGGAUGAAUUUUCACUGAGUUUGAUAGAUGUACUCACUUCGGAAAUAAUGGGAAGUGAUCCCCUCCUGAGAAGCGAUCAGUACCCAGAAGAAGCUAACGAACACUUUCUUUUUCACGGAACAAAGGCCGAAACAUACAGAAGUAUUCUUUCGAAUGGUUUCGAUAUCACUAUGGCUGAUAAUAAAGGCAUGUUUGGUCAGGGGAUGUAUCUUGCCGAGAGUCCAACAAAGGCAGAUCAGUACACAGAUCACAUAGACGACAGAACGAAAGGCGAGAAGAAAAUGUUUUUGGUUCGAUCUUGCCUUGGUAAAAUGCAUGUAGCAAGGCAUCCUAAACCAGAACUUCGAAGACCUCCAUGCUUUCAGUCUGGCUGUGAGUCCGAUUCCUGUGAACAUUCCGAGUUUCAGCGCUGUGAUAGCGUGGUCGGUGAUGGAGCCUGGUUAUUCCGAGAGUUUGUUACGUACCAUCACUACCAGAACUACCCGGAAUACCUCAUCACUUGCAUUAGAGUGUAAUGCAGUAUUGUACAUUGUUUUUGUUGUUUUAGUUUUUAGUUCAAGUUGUUGUUUUAUUGUUUAUGAAGACCCCAGCAUGUGGCAGUUU